AAUCAAAUAGUACAACAUGCUGGAGUGCCAACCUGAGGCGGUGAGCUAUUAGAGUCAAGGUGACUUACGCUUCGGUCCUCUCUCAGAUUGUCACAUGUCACCAUUGCGUCCCACAACUGGACUAACAACAUUGUCUCUGUCAUUUCUAUUGUCUUGAGGCCUACCACCAUCAUGGUCUGAUCCGCAUCGCUUUUAUUGAGAUAAAAUAUCUCACCUCGGGAAUUCAAGGGAACUUUAACCUUCUUGACCGGGUGUAAUCGGACUACGUCUAAGGAUCAUUGAAAGACAUAGAUAUUAGUAGGGUUUAGAGUAAAGUAGGAUGUAUCAUAAUCAAUGCUCAGAAGUUGAAAUCAUAAUUACUGAAAAAGAAAAACAUGUAGCAAACAUUUUAUGACCGAGUCACAUUAACUGCUUGCAACAUGCCGUUUUAAGCAUGUGUUAGUAUGCCUAGUCUUGAAAACUGAAUUGCAUGUCGUCAUUUUCAAUCCCUAUCAAAUUUAAACAUAUAUUUAUGGAUUUUCUUUUUUUAUAAAAUUAUAACAUGUUGCUCUGAUUGAAACAUUCAGCAGAUUUUUGAAGUGUGCUAAGGUUAACGCAGACGAAGAGCAUAUUUUAUAAAUAGUCACGCAGGUCUUCUUUGAUUUAGGUAGACUUUUUCGUAAAUAUGCUAUAUGAUUAAGAGAACUUCCCACUCAAAGACGUUAUGAUUACGUCAGGUUAACAUCAACCUAUAGGAAUUAGGAAAUUAGCAAAGAUACGCGAUAGCAAAGACUUCGCUAUUGAUAAUUCGUCAUGGAUGAAACCGCUGAUUUGCUGUAGAGAUGGCUAGGGAAUGAAUAUAAAUAUUAGCUAGCUAAAUACACGAACACAACCAGCGGCCUUGGGCUAGUGGUACUUGAGGGGAAACCCCCAAUACGGUAUCCGCAGUUCGAGUCCCGCUGGCCACCCAGGCUAGCGUUAAAUCGCAAGAAUACGUGGAAUGCCGUGGGCCUCGCGGGAAUAGUCCGUUGACCACGGUCGUCGGAAACCCGCGGUUAACGAAAAAAAAAAAAUACACGAAUACACAGUUACAUGACAAUAAUUUAUCCUAAAUUUUGGAAAUUAUAAUCCCUACUUGAUUCCUAAUUUAAAAAAAAAAAAUCUAUGAAAAUAAGUCUAUCUACAUAGAUCUAUAAUCCCUAAAUUUAGAUUUAUCCACAUAAAAACAAUUUUACAAGUUUUGAAGUUGUGGAUAAAAUCAACAUAAAUAAUUAAUUAUUGAAAACAUAAAUCUUAAUGAUAGAUCCUAUAUUCAGGAAUCAGGACUAUAUUUAAUUUUUUCAUCUAAAUCAGUAACAUAUUAUAAUUUUGAAAUUAUACCAAAAAGGGAUAUUUCAUAAAAACUACAUUUUCACUAUUUUUAAUCAGUGGGGAUUUGUGCAAGAAAAAUCAGGUUACAUCAUAAAAUUAGAGAUAAAUGUUGGAAAAACAAAAAAAAAACAAAAGCUAUUUGGCCUUGAAAUAAUCUUGUAAUUGCAUAAUUAAUUAAUAAUAAAAUAAAGACCAUCGGUCAUCACCCGGGAAAAAAUAUUGAAGGAGAAGGGCACGGCACGUACGUACACGGUGCGUCUGACUUGUUCUCUCCCCUCUCUCGAAUCGCACUCCGUUUAAUUUUCUCUCCAUUGCCAUCUUUGUUUUAUUUACUUUUUCUAAAUUUCGAAAUUUCGAAAAUCCAGCUUUGUAAAGGAGAAUCAAUAAUAACAUGUCGUGGUUGAGAUCGGCGGUGCACAAAGCAGUCGAAGUCGGCGGGCAGAACCCCAUCACCCGCACCGUUCGCGGUUACGCCGGUUCCGUCGUCCUCACCGCCGGCAAUGCCGUCUCCGGAGGCGCCAAACUGAUCCAGGAUCGCAUCGGAUCGAGGAACGUCAAGAGCUUUACCCUCGCGGUGAAGAGAUUAGAAGAGGUCUCGGUCUCGUCCCGAGGCGGCGAGAGAGUGCAGUUGCUGAGAAGGUGGCUUGUCGCUCUUAGAGAGAUCGAGAGGAUGACGUCGUCAGAGAAUGUAGAAGAUCAGAACCAACCUAGUUCCGAAGAAGCCAAGGAUUCUCCCAAAACGUUAACCACCGUUUACUACGUUGAUCCUGGUCUUCCCGGUGAGCCAAUGACUUUUAGAGAUGUGUUUCUUCACAGUGAGGCUCUUGAAGGAAUGGUUUUAUCUAUGAUUCUGGAAGCACCAAACGAAGAAGAAGUCCAGCUGCUUCUGGAACUGUUUGGGCUCUGUUUGUCAGGAGAGAAGGAAGUUCACGAAGCAGUAAUUCAAAAUGUGCAGGAGUUAGCUACUGUGUUUUCGAAAUACAAGGAUGAAGUUUUGGCAAAGCGUGAGGAACUUCUUCAAUAUGUCCAAAGUGCAAUCGGAGGGCUAAAAAUCAGUGCUGAUCUUGCAAGAAUAGAUAUCGAAUCCCAUGCUCUGAUGGAGAAACUUGAUAAGACGAAGGUCAAGGUUCUUGAGCAGGCUUCAAAUGACGAUAGUUCAAAAACCGCUGGAACCAAUGCUGCAUCAACCGAGGCUCUCCGAGAAAUUCUUGAGCAAGUUCGCACUUUUUCUAAGCUAGAAGCACUCUUGCUAAAGAAAAAAUCACUAAGAAAUGGUGACACCCUUCAACUCCACAGUGAGAAGGUUGAUAAACUAAAAGUUCUGUCAGAAUCUUUACUCAGUUCUACCUCUAAAGCUGAAGACAGAAUCGUGGAUCAUAGAAGUCAGAAAGAAGAAGCUCUUAGUUUCCGACUUUCCAAAACUACUGAAGUCAGCCAACAAGAGAAGGAUGUAGAGGCAGAACUAAAAAAACUUGAGAUCUUGAAGGAUGAUCUUGAAACUGAGCUGCAAAGGGUCAACACCUCAAUAACAUCUGUCCGGGCUCGCCUUCGCAAUGCUAGAGAAGAAAGAGAGCAGUUUGAUAAUGCAAGUAAUGAAAUUCUUUUGCACCUCAAGUCAAAGGAAGACGAGCUAACUCGUUCGAUAUGUUCAUGCCGAGUAGAGGCAGAUGUUGUAAAUAAGUGGAUCAAAUUUUUGGAAGAUACCUGGAUUAUACAGUCUAGAUUUGAUCAACAAAAGGAAAUGCAAGUGAGUGGGGAGAUGGAGAGAUAUGGUGACCAUUUCAUCGACCUGAUUGUUCAACUCCUCUCUUUCUACAAGGAACAGUUGGAUCCUUCUAUACCCAAGAUCCGAAGAGUUAUUGAAAAUUUGGAACCAAAUAAAGGGUUAGAGGCAGAAAAAAAAAUAGACGAUAAGGAUGCAAAGCCAAUUGAUUCUAGAAAACAGCUUGAGAAGGAGUAUCUGGACCUAGAAGCUAAGUUUGUAACAACAUUAAGUGUGGUGGAUGCUAUGAAAAAGCCAUUCUAUUCACAGACGGAAGGUAUCUCCAGGAAAGACGAUAAAAGAGUGAAAGAACUAUUUGAGGCAUUAGACAAAACAAAAGAAGAGUUUGAGUCUAUCGAACGCCCGCUUCUAGAUAUUGAAUCUCCUGCGAGAACAUCUUCUUCUUCACGCUCACCCUCCCUGAAAACGACGCUUGACACUCCACUUUCCGACACAGUCCCGAAAAAACUUGCUGAUGUUGAUUCUCCAGACAGUAAAAAAGUGUCUUCAGAGAAAGAAGACCUGGCGAAGAAUCAGCUGGAGUUGGAACUGGACGAUGGAGAAGAUUUAUUGGCAGAUGAAAUCAAUGACUGGGAGUUCGAUGCUCUUGAGACACUCAUCUCAAAAACCAAUAGCUGUUCCAUAACUUUUUUCAAAGGUAAGCGACUUGAACUCGUGCUUAGACACAAGAAGAUUUCAAAGGGAAUAUACAUUAUUGAAUAUAUCACUCGUUAAAAAUAAUGUUAAUUAACAGUUGAUAUUAGGGUAUAAUGUCAACUUAAUGUUAGUAAAGAGUUAUUUGAUAUUACAUUUCGUUAUGUUGUUGUUUAUGCCGCAGAUGAUAGAGGAAGAUGGAGGGAGUACAUAGUAAUCUGACUUUUCGGAGUUUUAUAUAAAACAUAUAAAGGAAUGAUUUUGUAAGGUUUUUUCUUCUUUUUGAAUUUCUAAUUCUGAAAUAUGAUCAAAUGUAGAUAAUAUAUUAUAGCUUCCCAAUAAGUUUAAAGUGAAUUUGUCUUUCUUCGCCGGAGUUAAGAUUUUUUUUCUUUAUCUGGAUUUUUUCUUUCACUUUCGUCCCUAUGUGAUGUAUAUAUUUUUGAUGUCGUUGUCGUAAAAGUAUAUUCCUGGAAAACUAUGAGGGCAAAUGUGCUUGCCUUGUUGGUAAAUUUGUUCCAAAUUAAAAGUUUGAAUUGAGAAAUGCAUUCAUUGUGGUUGUUACGUUCUAACGAACUAAAUGCACUUUGUUACCUUCACACAGAACAACGUGUUUAUUGCACACUGAACCCACCAAAGGAGUUUGAACCUUUUUUGGUCUUGUUGCCAGUGCCAUCGCCAGGCCACGACAUGAGAAUAUAUAUGGAGUAUUUGUAAACAAUAUAAUCUGAAGUUUAACUUGAAUCCAAUUGUUUCAGACGUAAAUGUUUAUGUCCGUUUUAUAAGAAAAAAAUGUACACAGUUUACAUUUUACAAAGAAACAUAAGAUUUUGCCCUUACAUUAAACAUGUAAAAAAUGCUGUAGCUACAACUGAAAGAAAGCAAACAAAUAAAUACUACAACAAUUUACAAAAUAAAUAUCAAUGGAGAGCAAACAAAACAAGCGAUCAAACCAUUAUCCUCUAUUGUAAUUUUAUGAUCCAGUAUCCUUUUUCUUUUGUAUGCAUUGAUACAUGGGUUGUUUGCUUCCACUGGAUCACAAAACAAAGCUAUAGAAAAUUAUUAAAAGAAAAGUUAGACAACUCAUGAGAUCCAAUUUGAUUUGAUUGACAUGUAUUUGGUAGAAACUGCAAAAGCAGUCGAAUGGUUUUUUGUUGUUAUCAUUCAGUGUCUUGGCGUAGUCCUACCUGAACAGUUCGAUUUCCAUAUUACAUUUUUUUACAAUAUGUUCAAAUUCGAAUUACGUGGUAGCUAAAGAUACGGCUGCUCAUUCACAAUUUCAAAUCGACUUAUUUUUUAUUCCAAGUAACAAAAGAAAGAAAAAAGUUAGGUCCACUUUUAUAUGAAGUGUGGUUGUUUUAUGGUGUGCAUUUGGAUUGACUGCGAGGCUUGAAAAGGCUUCCCACUACUCUCACUCCAUUAACUCAACAGUGGGAUAUAAACUAAUUAAUGAUUUGUUUAUAAUAUGUGUGUCGUUGGCAUUAUCAUUUCCUUAUUUUCUAAAACAUUUUGGGAUAUUUGCUCUUCCAAUAUAAAACUCUAUUUUUUUUCCAAAAUAGAGUAAAAAUGAUUAUAGAAUGAAAAUGCUCUAACUCUACUGCAUUUUUUACUCCAUAAUGGAGUGAUGAACAAAAAAAUAGAUUACUCCAUUUAUGAAGUAAACUUCAUUAUGGUGUGAGAAAUGGAAUGGGGUUGAAACAUUUUCUACUUCAUAUUCACUUUUACUUUAUUUUGAAUAAAAAAUGAAAUUGGAUUGGAGAUGUCCUAAGAACAAAUCCCCAUAGGAUUUCUCAACAUAAGAUUGUAAAAUACAUAUAUAUAUAUAUAUGUAUAUAAAUCUUAAUAUUUAAUUGUGAGUAUCUACAUUUUACGAAAAAUCUAACAGAAAGUUUAUAAACGAAUAUACUUUCGGUUGGAUUUCCCUAAAAAAUUAGAUACUCAUAAUUAAAUAUUUAUAUAUAUAUAUAUACAUGUAUUUUUAGAAUUUUAUCCUCAAAAUUUCCCAUUGGAGUUGCUAAAGACAUUAUGUUCUUCCUGGAGAAUGAGAGAAAAUAUUUAACAAAAAAAAAAGAUCGGAAGUGGUGAGCAUUUACUUUGUGAGUUGUUUCAAUGAUUGAAACAGAGAAGAAGUCACCCUGCUUUUUAAGUACUUCGCUGUGUACGACAGAGUUCCCACUCCACUUCUCUCCAACACACACUAAGACGUAAUUUGCACGGAAUUAUCAACUAUAUGGUACAAUUAACUAAACCUUCCUUUCUAUUAAAAUUUAUAAAUACAUUUUCUUUUCAUGGUUAUUUGGUGAAAGAAAUUGUAGCCGGUUUGACAAAAAUUACAAGUUACAACUGCAACGAAAUAUAAAUACGAAGUACAAAGUGAAUACAUCCAUUUAUCUUAUUUCGAAGUUCCUGCACUCCGUAAAAAGGAACAGUACUAAUGUUACAUGUGAUUAUUUUAUAAAAUAAAGAAAGUAGAAAGCGAAAAGACUUGAAAAAAAUAUUAUAGGAGUGUGGGGAUGAAAGGAGGUAUCCACUUUCUCACAAGUCCUGCAACAAUUAUUACACUUCGUAGCUUAAAAAGAUAACUUUUUGAUAUCUGGAAACAAGAGCUAUGCAUUUUGUAAAACAGAAAUAUAUUGUGAUCUUCUUCUUUCUUUAUAAAAGAUUACGACUUCUGUCAGCUACCGUUAGUGCUUUUUUACCAUUCACGUGACAUUGUUACUGUGGCCAAUGAGACACGAAGGAAAUGAUAUAAUAAAUAUAUUUUGCUUGUUCCAGGCAUGGCUAUGACCGUGAGCUGUGUGGUGCGGACUGCGGAGUUAUAGCCGUUUUGUAUCUCUCUGUCUCUCUUUGACUGUCGUCUGCAGCUUGGUAUGGUUGGUUAGUCAUAAUUGUGUUAUUUUUAGCUGGUAUUGCAUGCUAUGCUACAAUGUAUAUUCAGUUCAUGAACAUUUUCUGUGUAAUCAACUUGUGCUAAUAGUUUGGUGUUGAUAAGUUUUUUCAGUUCAUGAACUAAUGUUACAUGUGAUUAUUUUAUAAGUAUUGCUUCAGCAAUUUUCAAAGAUUUAAUAAUAUAAUUUAGAUCUACGUAGUUGGAAUAUUAGGUUUAGUAAUCGUGUGGAUCAAGGUGGAUAGUUUAGUCUUCAAGUUGAAAUCCAAACUUUGGUUUUAGUGAAGUUACUAGCAAAAUGUGUUUUUUUUUUUUUUUGUAACACUCUUUCAAAUGUUACUAGCAAAAUGUGUAUAUAUCGGAUUUAGAGAGAACACAAAUUUAAGGUUAUAAAGGAGGAAAUAAAGUGCGAGGAAUGGGAACAUAAUCUGUGGAGAACAUCAAAAUAGAUCAACAAACUCAUUAGUCUUUUUGUCACCAGUCGAUUUAAUUAUUUAUUUCAUAAUUUUAUUGCAGCAUUAAAUCCAGUUUAUGUGUACUGGAGUUUGUAUCAUAAUUUCAUAAUGGUUAAAUUCGUGUAGCAUAUUUAACUAUGAUAGUGUGCUUAGAUAAAAAAAAAAAAAACCAAAUUCAUGUGAUUCUAACAUAAUACUAACUGAGCGUCCUACCAUAUACUAUUAUUCAACAAAUUUAACGUGAAAUUAUUCAUCACUGUCCAGUACUGGUUUCAUCACCAGAUUCAUAUGAUUCUUAAAUAAUAUUAUUCUCGCAUAGUUUCAUCACCAUUCUGCUUUUCUACUGAUAUUACUCUGUUACACGCCACUAAUCAUACAUGUAAUAAUAACUUAAUAUCCAAAAUGCAAAUUCCCACGCUGCAUAACACAAAUGGUUGGUCUGAUUAAUUAAAAAUGCAGGCAACGGUAAAGUUCGAGAUCGUGAUAUCAAAACAAGGAACCACUAAAGAAACUGGUGGCCAUAUAGACACAAAUCUUUUCGAAAAGAUAAAAGAAUUACGUAGUUUGGAUGUAUUAACAAACUAUUUGCAACAAAAAAAAAACUCAAAUGUUAUAAAUCAGGGGGAAAAAAGUAAUACUUUACAAAAUUUAAAAUGUAUUACAACUUUACAUGGCGUUUUAUUUAUAUUUAUCUAAAUAAAAUAAAUAAAAA